ACACUCUUUAAGAGUCAUAUAUCCAAUACCAUUAACACCACAACAAUCGUAUACACUUGUGAGGUUUUUUCCCCCCGGACAAACUUGCCUAAACACUCUUCAAUUCCUUCUCCAAAUAACACUCGGUGUGCGCGCGCUUGGAAAAACUCUUGUGCGUGAAAAACUCUUGCUCUAGACCCCAGCAAAAGACAGGGUUUUUCUGUCGCCCGAUCAAAACAAAAAGAGCCCCCCACAAUAAGGCCAAGGAUUGAAUCAUCGCAAGAUCUCCUGAAUGGAUGCAGUUUCGGGAUUUUCAGUGGCUUAAUUAAAUGACAAAGUUAACCAGUUGCAAAGACAAAUACAAAAUGAUGAAUCUGGGACUGUUCCUGGCAACAUGGACACUCAUCUGCACAUGUUCAGCAUCACCAGACAUACACCUGCAAAUGUCCCCAGAGCAGCUGCACACGAUAUUCCACGUGGACAGCGCGGACAACGUGCCAAACUACGAACUGGUGGAGCUCACGCAUCACACGCCGUCCGUCCAUCACGUGCGGCGGCGUCACGUGGACGCCGGCGGGCCGAAUCAGCUGCCGCACCACGUGAAGAAGGACCUAAGCAAGACGUCCUUCCUGGGCGCCAAGGCGUCAGGCAAGCGUAGUGAUAGUGAAGAUAGGAACAGUGUUAGUAAUGAAAUUCCCGGUGUCGUUAAGUUAAGUGACGUGAAAGAGCACAAAGUGUCGUUCACUGCCUUCGGUGAGGAUGUGAAGCUUCAGCUGAAGCCCACGGAGGGCCUGUUCAAGGAUGGGCCGCAAUCCUUGCGGAUGUGGUCCGUCAAGUCCGACCCGAAUGCCACACAAGGUCUCAACUAUGAAGAAAUUACACAGGACGAGGUGCCACAGGAGGAAGUUGGUCACGUUUUCCAGGAUGAAAGCAACAUGGCAGCUAUUCUCAUGCGGAGACAAUUGGAGACCGGAGAUCUUAUAAUGGAGGGAAGUAUUGGUCAUGAACUGGUAAUUCGUCCACUGCCAGCGGAAUUUGCAUCUCCACAGAAUAGUUCAAGUGUUCAACACGUUGUCUACAAAAGAUAUUCUGAUCCUAUGGAUCAAUUGAGUGAUUUCGCGUAUAUGGAGCCUGAUCGGUUGCAGAAGCGCUUCAGACGAGGAGACUAUCUGAACUUCACGCGGUCAGGACGCGCCAAAAGGGCUGUGCCACACAUAAUUUAUCCUGAGAUUCUCGUCAUUGUCGAUCACGAUGGUUAUCGGUUACAUGGCGGAGACAACGUCCAAGUAAAGCGGUAUUUUGUGUCAUUCUGGAAUGGUGUUGACUUGCGUUAUCGCCUACUGAAGGGGCCGCGCAUUCGGAUCAGCAUUGCUGGCAUUAUUAUUUCAAGGGGACGCGAUGCCACGCCAUAUUUAGAGAGGAAUCGUGUUGGACGUGACGCCAUCGAUUCUGCGGCAGCGCUUACGGACAUGGGAAAGUAUCUGUUCCGGGAACGGCGACUACCAGUUUACGACAUCGCCGUGGCGAUCACAAAACUUGAUAUGUGCAGAAGGCAAUACGCGAAUGACGUAUGCAAUCGCGGUACAGCAGGUUUCGCGUACGUCGGCGGUGCUUGUGUAGUCAACAAGAGAUUGGAGAAGGUGAACAGCGUGGCGAUCAUCGAAGACACGGGUGGCUUCAGUGGCAUCAUCGUGGCGGCCCAUGAAGUCGGACAUCUGCUUGGCGCCGUGCACGACGGCUCGCCGCCGCCCAGCUACUUGGGCGGUCCCGGAGCGGAGAAAUGCCGCUGGGAGGACGGCUACAUCAUGUCCGAUCUGCGACACACGGAGCGCGGCUUCAGGUGGUCGCCGUGCAGCAUCCAGAGCUUUCAUCACUUCCUCAACGGCGACACUGCCAGUUGCCUCCACAAUGCUCCGCAUGAAGACGAGGCGCUGGGACGAGCACUGCCCGGAACGCUGCUCUCGCUCGACGCCCAGUGCAGGAGAGAUCGAGGAACGUCGGCGUGCUUUAAGGACGAGCGAGUGUGCGCUCAACUCUUCUGCUUCGACGCCGCGAGCGGCUAUUGCGUAGCCUACAGGCCGGCGGCCGAAGGCUCCUCGUGUGGCGACGGAUUGCAUUGCCUGGACGGAAGAUGUGUGCCGGAGAACGAGAACAUCAUUCCCGACUACUCACAACACACCCCUAGCUAUGUUAGUCCGAAUGCAUAUAAUUCUCAGCUUAGUGGACGUAUUUAAUCGAUGAGCAAUGCCAUUACAACGACAACGAAUGGGAAGUUAGAGAAUAGUGUGAAGUGCAGACAUUUCUGUCAACAAUUUAACAACAACAACAAAAAAGGAACAACAUUCAGCAGAAAGUAUUUUUUUAUAAGAUUCGUAGCUGUAAACUUAGGCGUACCAUGAGAACCACCAAGAAGAGCGUGGGGAACCUUUUUAUAUACCUUCUUAUAAAUGUAAAAUGUUAGUGUGAGAGCGAGAGUGCUUAAAUGUUUACUUGUUAAGUAAGAAAAAUUGUGAUAGACGGUUCAAUUUACAAUGAUAAAGUGCGAAAGAAGAAACAAAAAAAACAACAACAAAAACACACUUUUUUUGUACUUGAAAAUGGUGAAAAAGCAUCAAAAAUAGAGAAUUUACAAGAGAUUUUCGCUAGAAUUUACCCUCGGGCAAUGAUUCUCAAGCAAAUGAUCUGUUUCUCAAAUUUGAUAUUUGACGCCAAGGGGGAGAUAAUGUGACCAAACUUGUGCAUCAAUUCCAUCAUAUAAAAAAAAAUAACGAAAUUCAUAAACCAGAAAAUAGAAUUUAAAUCUUAUUUAGCAGCUUUGCAUGCAGAAAAAUGCAAAUUAUCUCCCUGAAAAUCUUCAUUUCAUCUUGAUUUCGGUGGCGAACAGCGUGAGACAUUCCCACGGAUUUACGAUGGACAGUCACAUGUGUCAUAAGACCAGCAAUUGCAUAUAAAUUGACAGUCAUUAGACUGUCUGCUUUGUCACC